AUGGCGGACUAUAAAUCGCGAGAUACUUCCUGUUUCUAUACUUCCAAGACCUCUCCCACGACUCUAUACACCUCACAGGACCUCUCUACGACUCUAUACCUCCCAGGACCUCUCCACGACUCUAUAUUCCUCCCAGGACCUCUACACGACUCUAUAUACCUCACAGGACCUCUCCACGACUCUAUACCUCCCAGGACCUCUCCACGACUCUAUAUUCCUCCCAGGACCUCUCCCACGACUCUAUACCUCCCAGGACCUCUCCACGACUCUAUACCUCUCAGGACCUCUCCACGACUCUAUACCUCUCAGGACCUCUCCACGACUCUAUACCUCUCAGGACCUCUCCACGACUCUAUAUACCUCACAGGACCUCUCCACGACUCUAUACCUCCCAGGACCUCUCCACGACUCUAUACCUCCCAGGACCUCUCCCACGACUCUAUACCUCCCAGGACCUCUCCACGACUCUAUACCUCCCAGGACCUCUCCACGACUCUAUACCUCCCAGGACCUCUCCACGACUCUAUACCUCUCAGGACCUCUCCACGACUCUAUACCUCCCAGGACCUCUCCACGACUCUAUACCUCCCAGGACCUCUCCACGACUCUAUAUACUUCCCAGGACCUCUCCACGACUCUAUAUUCCUCCCAGGACCUCUCCACGACUCUAUACCUCCCAGGACCUCUCCACGACUCUAUAUUCCUCCCAGGACCUCUCCACGACUCUAUAUACCUCCCAGGACCUCUCCACGACUCUAUAUACCUCCCAGGACCUCUCCACGACUCUAUACCUCCCAGGACCUCUCCACGACUCUAUAUUCCUCCCAGGACCUCUCCACGACUCUAUAUACCUCUCAGGACCUCUCCACGACUCUAUACCUCCCAGGACCUCUCCACGACUCUAUACCUCCCAGGACCUCUCCACGACUCUAUAUUCCUCUCAGGACCUCUCCACGACUCUAUACCUCUCAGGACCUCUCCACGACUCUAUAUACCUCUCAGGACCUUUCCACGACUCUAUACCUCCCAGGACCUCUCCACGACUCUAUAUACCUCCCAGGACCUCUCCACGACUCUAUAUACCUCUCAGGACCUUUCCACGACUCUAUACCUCCCAGGACCUCUCCACGACUCUAUAUACCUCCCAGGACCUCUCCACGACUCUAUAUACCUCCCAGGACCUCUCCACGACUCUAUAUACCUCCCAGGACCUCUCCACGACUCUAUAUACCUCUCAGGACCUCUCCACGACUCUAUAUACCUCCCAGGACCUCUCCACGACUCUAUAUACCUCCCAGGACCUCACCACGACUCUAUAUACCUCCCAGGACCUCUCCACGACUCUAUAUACCUCUCAGGACCUCUCCACGACUCUAUACCUCCCAGGACCUCUCCACGACUCUAUAUACCUCUCAGGACCUCUCCACGACUCUAUAUACCUCUCAGGACCUCUCCACGACUCUAUACCUCUCAGGACCUCUCCACGACUCUAUACCUCCCAGGACCUCUCCACGACUCUAUAUACCUCCCAGGACCUCUCCACGACUCUAUACCUCCCAGGACCUCUCCACGACUCUAUAUACCUCUCAGGACCUCUCCACGACUCUAUACCUCCCAGGACCUCUCCACGACUCUAUAUACCUCCCAGGACCUCUCCACGACUCUAUAUUCCUCUCAGGACCUCUCCACGACUCUAUAUACCUCCCAGGACCUCACCACGACUCUAUAUACCUCCCAGGACCUCUCCACGACUCUAUACCUCCCAGGACCGCUCCCACGACUCUAUACCUCCCAGGACCUCUCCCACGACUCUAUACCUCCCAGGACCUCUCCCACGACUCUAUACCUCCCAGGACCUCUCCACGACUCUAUACCUCCCAGGACCUCUCCACGACUCUAUACCUCCCAGGACCUCUCCACGACUCUAUACCUCUCAGGACCUCUCCACGACUCUAUACCUCCCAGGACCUCUCCACGACUCUAUACCUCCCAGGACCUCUCCACGACUCUAUAUACCUCCCAGGACCUCUCCACGACUCUAUAUUCCUCCCAGGACCUCUCCACGACUCUAUACCUCCCAGGACCUCUCCACGACUCUAUAUUCCUCCCAGGACCUCUCCACGACUCUAUAUACCUCCCAGGACCUCUCCACGACUCUAUAUACCUCCCAGGACCUCUCCACGACUCUAUACCUCCCAGGACCUCUCCACGACUCUAUAUUCCUCCCAGGACCUCUCCACGACUCUAUAUACCUCUCAGGACCUCUCCACGACUCUAUACCUCCCAGGACCUCUCCACGACUCUAUACCUCCCAGGACCUCUCCACGACUCUAUAUUCCUCUCAGGACCUCUCCACGACUCUAUACCUCUCAGGACCUCUCCACGACUCUAUAUACCUCUCAGGACCUUUCCACGACUCUAUACCUCCCAGGACCUCUCCACGACUCUAUAUACCUCCCAGGACCUCUCCACGACUCUAUAUACCUCUCAGGACCUUUCCACGACUCUAUACCUCCCAGGACCUCUCCACGACUCUAUAUACCUCCCAGGACCUCUCCACGACUCUAUAUACCUCCCAGGACCUCUCCACGACUCUAUAUACCUCCCAGGACCUCUCCACGACUCUAUAUACCUCUCAGGACCUCUCCACGACUCUAUAUACCUCCCAGGACCUCUCCACGACUCUAUAUACCUCCCAGGACCUCACCACGACUCUAUAUACCUCCCAGGACCUCUCCACGACUCUAUAUACCUCUCAGGACCUCUCCACGACUCUAUACCUCCCAGGACCUCUCCACGACUCUAUAUACCUCUCAGGACCUCUCCACGACUCUAUAUACCUCUCAGGACCUCUCCACGACUCUAUACCUCUCAGGACCUCUCCACGACUCUAUACCUCCCAGGACCUCUCCACGACUCUAUAUACCUCCCAGGACCUCUCCACGACUCUAUACCUCCCAGGACCUCUCCACGACUCUAUAUACCUCUCAGGACCUCUCCACGACUCUAUACCUCCCAGGACCUCUCCACGACUCUAUAUACCUCCCAGGACCUCUCCACGACUCUAUAUUCCUCUCAGGACCUCUCCACGACUCUAUAUACCUCCCAGGACCUCACCACGACUCUAUAUACCUCCCAGGACCUCUCCACGACUCUAUACCUCCCAGGACCUCUCCCACGACUCUAUACCUCCCAGGACCUCUCCCACGACUCUAUACCUCCCAGGACCUCUCCCACGACUCUAUACCUCCCAGGACCUCUCCACGACUCUAUACCUCCCAGGACCUCACCACGACUCUAUAUACCUCCCAGGACCUCUCCCACGACUCUAUACCUCCCAGGACCUCUCCACGACUCUAUACCUCCCAGUACCUCUCCACGACUCUAUAUUCCUCUCAGGACCUCACCACGACUCUAUAUACCUCACAGGACCUCUCCACGACUCUAUACCUCCCAGGACCUCUCCACGACUCUAUAUACCUCUCAGGACCUUUCCACGACUCUAUACCUCCCAGGACCUCUCCACGACUCUAUAUUCCUCUCAGGACCUCACCACGACUCUAUAUACCUCCCAGGACCUCUCCACGACUCUAUAUACCUCUCAGGACCUUUCCACGACUCUAUACCUCCCAGGACCUCUCCACGACUCUAUAUUCCUCUCAGGACCUCACCACGACUCUAUAUACCUCCCAGGACCUCUCCACGACUCUAUAUACCUCUCAGGACCUUUCCACGACUCUAUACCUCCCAGGACCUCACCACGACUCUAUAUACCUCUCAGGACCUCACCACGACUCUAUAUACCUCCCAGGACCUCUCCACGACUCUAUAUACCUCUCAGGACCUCACCACGACUCUAUAUACCUCACAGGACCUCUCCACGACUCUAUAUACCUCCCAGGACCUCACCACGACUCUAUAUACCUCCCAGGACCUCUCCACGACUCUAUACCUCCCAGGACCUCUCCACGACUCUAUAUACCUCUAUAA